AUGGCUAAAAAACAAUGGACAUUACAGCUUGGUUUACUUCUGUUUUUCUGUACUGUCUCCAUAUUUGCUGCAUCAAAAUGGGGGCCUAAAGGGAAAAUGCCCCCGGUAUAUUCCCGUGACCUGGAGACAGCACUAAGGGAUAUACUAUUUGCCAACUACUCUAGACUCCAGCGACCGACAAAGAGAGUCGAUGUCACCGUAUGGUUAACACUUCUUACCAUUAACGACAUGAAUAUCAAGGAUCAGUCACUUUCCUUAUCUGGAUACUUUAAUUUGUUUUGGAGGGACGACCGGCUUAGCUGGUUCAACAUGGCAGAUUACGUAAACGUGCGAUACCUCUUCGCUACACAACAGGAACUAUGGCGACCAACACUUGUAGUUGACAACUCUAUCACCGACCUCUCAGUUAUCAGCAACAACGACAUACCAAUGCGGAUUUUAAAUUUCGGGCUGAUCUACUGGAGACCGGCUGAUAUAUAUGUCGUUGCCUGUGAAUCCGAUAUAACAUACUAUCCUAUGGAUAAGCAGUCUUGUAUUAUUUCCCUUGCGUCCUGGGCAUACACGAGCUAUGAGGUGUCGCUUCGGAUGUCUUCAAAGCAAGUCGUCACAGAUUAUUAUUCCAAGAAUGGGGAGUGGGAGAUGAUAAGUUGCACAGGUGACAAAACCGAAGCAUCAAAAUCAAGAGGAGGUACAUCGUUUUCAAAUCUAAAAUUCACCAUCGUUCUCAGACGGCGACCAUUGUUUCACAUCCUCAAUACAUUAUUCCCGGUUGUAUUGAUGGCAUUUCUCAGCGCAAUGGUGUUCAAACUGCCAGCAGACUCCGGAGAGAAGAUUGGAUUUUCGUUGACUGUCCUUCUGGCAUACACCGUAUAUCUAACGCUAAUUUCGGAAAACAUACCCAGUACUUCAGUCAAUGUGUCCUAUCUGUCGGUUUACCUGUCUAUAACAUUGAGUCUGGGAACUCUUGCAGUGCUUUGUACCAUCCUAGUGUUGCACAUGCAUUAUCGGGAGUCAGACGGACAACCUGUUCCAACCUCCAUCCGGAUGUUUGCUGUAUGUCUGAUGAAGCUGAUAUGCUGGGGAGGAUGUCGUAGAAGGUGUGGAUGUCGUUGUAAAAAGAAGAGUCGUGUGGCCCCUGCGAAAAAUCCCGUCAUAAGUGUGAUUGAGCUCGAAAAUCUUAAAAAGAAAAUACCAGAGAAGAAAAUAGUUCAUGAGGACGAGGACAGUAGUUCUUUUGAAGAAGAUGAAGAAGAAGAAAUCACAUGGACAACUGUGUCAAAGGUCCUGGACAGCUUUUUCUUUAUUUGUUUCGUUGGGUUGAUUAUCAUAUCAUCUAGCGUAUUCUUUAGUGUUAUGGUCGUAGAGUACAUGAAAAUCCAAUCAGAAGAAAAUUUGGCUCUUUAA